AUGCAUAACGACCAGUAUGUACCUAUCUUUUCCAGAAGACCACCUGGAAAGAUUGACUUUAGCUUACCUAUUGUCAGAUCUCUGGUCUCUUUCCCCAGCGUUCAGUCCAUCCCCUACUCUCCAGAAUCUGGGGUUAUCUCGGUGGCCAGCACAAAGCCCAAAGUGUCGCAUAUCCUCAAGAUCCAGAGCCCAGAUUCCCUCCAAGAAUCGCAAUACAAUUGCAGGACUUAUAAGCUGUGUGUGUUCCUUGAUACUCAGGAUGGCCGUUGUGAUUAG